AUGGCGGCUCAGUUCCGCCUCGGGUCCAUGGACUCCCUGCUGGAUCCCCAUGAUCCUCACUUUGGCCGGCUGUGGGCUUUUGUGCUGUUGGCUAUUAUCGCUCUCUCCUUCCGCUUGUCGACGCAACCCCGACAGAAUUGCGACUUUACCCUCGCGAACCCCCCCAAAUGGUACGAGUUGAAAAUCUUCAAGCAGAUUCAGUUCUUGUUCAACGGCAUCAACGAAUUGGACAAGGCCAGGGAACAGGCCAACGGAAAACCGUUUCGCCUCCUCACAAACUCGCGUGAAAUUAUUGUCCUGCCGCCGGCCUACGCAGAAGUUCUCCACGCUGACAAUAGAUUGAGCUUCGCCAAAUAUUUUGCCGACGAAUUCGAUGGCGAUGGCAAAACGCCCGGCUUGGAGCCGUAUACCCUCAUUGCAGAUCCCUGCAAGAGAGUUCCAAAGUUGGUCACCAAACGAUUGACAAGAUCUUUGAAUACUAUUCCAAUCAAGAUGUCAUCCGAAGCUAGCUUCGCCAUUGAGUACAAUUUUGGUGGUCGUGUCGUCAACAGCAUCAUCGCCGCCUUCACGAUCAACAUGGCACCUAGCUUUGCUCGACCGCUCAUCCGCCGAUUCUCUCCUGUUGUCCGACGGGCUCGCAACGACUACCAAGCUGCGCGUGAGUUUAUCGAGCCGCUGAUUAAUGCGCGCCGUGAGGGCCGCGGAAUGGAUCGCGAGGCCGGAACGAGGGUUCGCGCUUUCGACGACAUUGUGGACUGGAUCGACUCCGAGAAUCAAGAAUCGACGUGCGAUCCUGUUGCUCUGCAAAUGGUGCUCAAUGUUGCUGCUGUUCAUCCCAUCGCGGCGCUGGUUACCAACACUAUUGCGUUCCUGGCCGCCGACCCGUCCACGUUCGGGCCUCUUCGGCAAGAGCUGCUGGCUGAGCUCCGAAGCGACGGCUGUCAAGCGGCAGCUUUGAACAGACUGAAAUUGCUGGAUAGCGCCAUCAAAGAAUCACUGCGGCUGAAGCCCCCAGGUGUUUUCGGCAUGCAUCGCGCCGCCUUGGAGGACAUGCAAUUGCCAAACGGGAUGCACAUCCACAAGGGCGAUCGUGUAUUUGUAGAUACUUCUCGUAUGCGAGACCCCAGUAUCUACGAAUCUCCAAACACCUACGAUUUGUACCGUUUCCACCGCAUGCGCUCCCGGCCCGACCAAGCCCAAAAGGCACCUCUUGUUGUGACGAGCCCGGAACACUUGGCCUUUGGACAUGGGGCUCAGGCGUGUCCAGGGCGAUUUUUUGCUGCACUCGUUGGCAAAGUCGUCCUGUCUCAUCUUUUGCUCAAGUACGACUGGAGACUCGCUCCAGACAGUGACACGACGUCUCUGGCCAUCGGGUUGACAAAGCGAAUCAACCCCAAGCUAAAGUUGCUAUACAGACGGCGCAAAGAAGAGUUUGAGUUGAGCUAA